CCGCCUGAGGCGCCACGCGCUGCAGUUCAACUACGCGGAUUUCGGAUCCCGGCUUCCGAGCUAAGCCUUGGCCGCACGGAAUUGGCUGUACGGCCGUCACCCGCACCGCGGCCCAUUUGCGGUCGGAAGAAUCGGGCCCUAGCCGGCCGCCGUAGCCGCCUCUCUCUGUAGUGGGCGGGGCCAAGGCUGGGGUGACCCCGCCGGAGCUGCCGCUGCCAGCGACAUGUUCAAGGUAAUUCAGAGGUUCGUGGGGCCGGCCAGCCUGAGCCUGCUCACCUUCAAGGUCUAUGCAUCAUCAAAAAAGGACUCACCUCACAAAGAUACUGUGAAGGUUAAUGAGCUUUCACUCUACUCCGUUCCUGAGGAUCAGUCUAAAUAUGUGGAAGAACCAAGGACCCAACUUGAAGAAAGCAUCUCUCAUCUCCGACAUUAUUGCGAACCAUAUACAAGUUGGUGUCAGGAAAAGUACUCCCAAAAUAAGCCCAAGAUGCAAAGUUUGGUUCAAUGGGGGUUAGACAGCUAUGAAUAUCUCCAAAAUGCACCUCCUGGAUUUUUUCCAAGACUUGGUGUUAUUGGUUUUGCUGGAGUUGUUGGACUUGUUUUGGCUAGAGGUUCAAAGAUAAAGAAGCUUGUGUAUCCACCUGGUUUCAUGGGAUUUGCUGCCUCUCUUUAUUAUCCACAGCAAGCCAUUGUAUUUGUCCAGGUCAGUGGAGAGAAAUUGUAUGACUGGGGUUUACGAGGCUACAUUGUCGUAGAAGAUUUGUGGAAGGAGAACUUUCAAAAGUCAGGAAAUGUGAAGAACUCACCUGGAAAUAAGUAGAAUACUCCAUGCGCUGCCCAUUUUAAUCAGGUAAACAUUGGAAACUCCAUAUGGUAAACCAGUAUUUCUACA